GCAGCCAUGGGCUCCGAAGACCACAGUGCCCAGAAUCCAAGCUGCAAGAUCAUGACAUUCCGCCCGACCAUGGAGGAGUUUAAGGACUUCAACAAAUACGUGGCCUACAUCGAGUCCCAGGGUGCCCACCGCGCAGGCCUGGCCAAGAUCAUCCCUCCAAAGGAGUGGAAGCCGCGGCAGACGUAUGAUGACAUUGAUGACGUGGUCAUUCCGGCGCCCAUCCAGCAGGUGGUGACAGGCCAGUCAGGCCUCUUCACCCAGUACAACAUCCAGAAGAAGGCCAUGACUGUUGGCGAGUACCGCCGCCUAGCCAACAGCGAGAAGUACUGCACCCCCCGGCACCAGGACUUUGAUGACCUGGAACGAAAGUACUGGAAGAACCUCACUUUCAUGUCACCUAUCUAUGGGGCAGACAUCAGUGGCUCCUUGUAUGACGACGACGUGGCCCAGUGGAACAUUGGGAGCCUGCGGACCAUCCUGGACAUGGUGGAGCGUGAAUGCGGCACCGUCAUAGAGGGCGUCAACACGCCCUACCUGUACUUUGGCAUGUGGAAGACCACCUUUGCCUGGCACACGGAGGACAUGGACCUGUACAGCAUCAACUACCUGCAUUUCGGGGAGCCCAAGUCCUGGUACGCCAUCCCGCCGGAGCACGGCAAGCGCCUGGAGCGGCUGGCCAUCGGCUUCUUUCCCGGGAGCUCCCAGGGCUGUGACGCCUUCCUGCGCCACAAGAUGACCCUUAUCUCGCCCAUCAUCCUCAAGAAAUAUGGCAUCCCCUUCAGCCGGAUCACGCAGGAGGCCGGGGAGUUCAUGAUCACGUUUCCUUAUGGCUACCACGCCGGAUUCAACCACGGAUUCAACUGUGCAGAAUCCACCAAUUUUGCCACCCUUCGGUGGAUCGAUUAUGGCAAAGUGGCCACUCAGUGCACGUGCCGGAAGGACAUGGUGAAGAUCUCCAUGGACGUCUUCGUGCGCAUCCUGCAGCCCGAGCGCUAUGAGCAGUGGAAGCAAGGCAAGGACCUGACGGUGCUCGACCACACGCGGCCCACCGCCCUCAGCAGCCCCGCACUCAGCUCCUGGAGUGCAUCCUGUGCCUCGCUCAAGGCCAAGCUCCUGCGCAGGUCUCACCGGAAGCGGAGCCAACCCAAGAAGCCCAAGUCAGAAGACCCCAAGUCCCUCGGGGAGGGCACAGGGGCCGGGGUGGCCCUCCUGGAGGACACAGGCGGGGGCACAAAGGAGGAGGCGGAGCCUGAGGAGGAAGAGGAACAACUCAUGCCGCUGCCUGGCCGCGAGGCCGAGGGCACAGAAGAGGAUGGGAAGGGCAAGCUGCGGCCAGCCAAGGCCAAGAGCGACCGGAAGAAGAAGAGCUAUGGGCCUCUGCACCCUCAUCUCCCCCUUUUGCCACCUCCACCGGCCCUGCCGCCAGCACCCAUAGCCCCUUUCGCCUCCGAGGAGGCUCCCCUGCCACCACCCCUACUAGAGCCCCCCGUGCUGGCGCCAGCCCCCACCACUGCACCGGAGGAGAGCCUGCUGCCCACAGCCCUUAAUGUCAUGCCCCCCGAGGCUCCUGGCAGCGUGGAGGACGAGGUCAAACCACGGCCCAUCAUCCCCAUGCUGUACGUGGUGCCCCGUGGUGACCGCACUGCUGGAGACAGGGAGCACCGCGCUUCCCAGCAGGCCUUCGAGCACUUCGUCCAGAAGGGUGCCGCCUGGCCAGAGCCCACUGCACCCAUGGAGCUGACGCUGCAGGAGGGGCAGGGUGGACCUGGGCGCCCUGAGACCCCUACUCGGGCUGGUGAUGUGCAGGCACCGUCUACAUUCUCAAAAUUAAAGAUGGAGAUCAAGAAGAGCCGGCGCCACCCUCUGGGCAAGCCACCCACCCGGUCCCCACUGUCGGUGGUCAAGCAGGAGGCCUCCAGUGACGAGGAAGCUCUUCCUUUCUCUGGAGAGGAGGAUGUGAGUGACCCCGAGGCCUUGAAGUCGCUGCUCUCCCUGCAGUGGAAGAACAAAGCGGCCAGCUUCCAGGCGGAGAGGAAGUUCAAUACAGCAGCCGCGCUCACCAAGCCGUACUGUGCAGUCUGCAUCCUCUUCUACCCCUACAGCCAGUCCCUCCAGCCCGAGAAAGAGGCACCCCAGACUGCACUUGGGGAAGGCCCCACAGCUGCCGCACCACUCUCCAAAAGCGGCCAGAAGACGCGGCCACUGGUUCCUGAGAUGUGCUUCACCUCGAGUGGUGAGAACACUGAGCCGCUGCCUGCCAACUCCUACAUCGGUGAUGAUGGCACCAGCCUGCUUAUCUCCUGCGCCAAGUGCUGCCUGCAGGUCCAUGCCAGUUGCUAUGGCAUCCGCCCCGAACUGGUCAAUGAAGGUUGGACGUGUUCCCGGUGCACGGCCCACGCCUGGACUGCGGAGUGCUGCCUGUGUAACCUCCGGGGCGGGGCGCUGCAGAUGACGACCGACAGGAGGUGGAUCCACAUAAUUUGUGCCAUUGCGGUCCCCGAGGCCCGGUUUCUGAACGUAAUGGAACGCCACCCUGUGGACAUCAGCGCCAUCCCCGAGCAGCGGUGGAAGCUGAAGUGCGUGUACUGCCGGAAGCGCAUGAAGCGGGUGUCAGGCGCCUGUAUCCAGUGCUCCUAUGAGCACUGCUCCACUUCCUUCCACGUGACGUGUGCCCAUGCUGCCGGUGUCCUCAUGGAGCCUGAUGACUGGCCCUACGUCGUCUCCAUCACCUGCUUCAAACACAAGACGGGCACCCACGCGGUCCAGUUUGUGCCAGCCGUGACCUUGGGCCAGAUGGUCAUCACCAAGAACCGUAACGGGCUUUACUACCGCUGCCGCAUCAUCGGCGCUGCCACACAGACCUUCUACGAAGUGAAUUUCGACGAUGGGUCCUAUAGCGACAACCUGUACCCAGAAAGCAUCACUAGUAGAGACUGUGUCCGUCUGGGGCCCCCUCCGGAGGGCGGGUUCGUGGAGCUGCGGUGGGCAGACGGCAACAUCUACAAAGCCAAGUUCAUCUCCUCAAUGACCAGCCACAUCUACCAGGUGGAGUUUGAGGAUGGCUCCCAGUUGACCGUGAAGCGUGGUGACAUCUAUACCCUGGAAGAGGAAUUGCCCAAGAGGGUCAGGUCUCGGCUGUCAGUCAGCACAGGGGCCCCCCAGGACAGCAUCUUCUCGGGAGAGGAGGCGAAGGCCGCCAAGCGCCCACGGGUGGGCGCCCCACGCACCUCCACCACCACCGAGGACACAGCCCAGAGCCCGGACUACCUGGCUUUCAUGGAGAGCUUGCUGCAGGCCCAGGGCCGGCCCGGGGCCCCGUUCUAG